AUGCCGGGUGUCGCUAUAGUCAAUGAGAGGAAUAGUUUUGUUGAGAAGAAGUGGGUGGCGGAGACACAAGAGUUCAAAGAUGCACUCGUGUCAGAAAUUGAAGGAAACUACAAAGAAGCAUUAGCUGAAUACAAACGUCGUGGGGAGUGGGAUGGAACUGCCCUUUCUUACUAUGAGGUUUGGAACAAGUCGAGAAAUCUUCUCCCAGGAAUUACGGACGCCAUUGGAAAGCUGUUUGGAGGAGGAGUUGUUAUGUUUGUCUUCGGACCAAGCGCUGUCGAUGGCGAUAUUGUAGUUAGGAGCUGCACCGGAAUUAUCCCCAACACCAAGCUCAAUAAGACCGACCUGUACGACUUUGAUCCUCAAGGUUUCAAGGCAGCCAGCUCGAUGUGCGUUCGCUAUGGUCAGGCCGUGUUUUCCUCUGAUUUCUGUAAGUCUCGGAUUGUCUCCAAGGACGAUAUUCAGAGGGUGGCAGCUGAAGCCGAUGACAACAUCACAAAUGACGAGACUCGUGUCUAUGAGUCAAGGCUCGACGUGGCAUCACCAGUUCCGAUCGGAUCAUGUUCAGACUUAGCCUGUCCGGAGCGCCAGAGUCUAGACUCUGAGUCGAGGCCCAACGUGGCACCAAUUCCGGUCGGAUCCUCUUCGGUCCUCGCCCAUCCAGAGAACCAGGGUCUAGACUCUCUAGCAUCGCCACUGUUACAUCUGUCACAGGCAGCGACCGGUGCCAGCUCAUCGACAUCGCCAGCUUCCACAUAUCCUCCAACAGGCACACACCCGAUCGUUUCAACUCUACCUUCUCCACAUCCAUCUACCCUGUCUCCAUCUUCCUUGUCGGUACCAGAUGUGUCCUCAGACCCGAUUGGUGCUGUUCAAGGGAAUAUGAUCCAGACAGUACAAUCUCCUGUUGAUCUCUAUGCCAACUCUAGUCCAGACAAGAUCCGAUCAUGGUUAGCAUCUGCAAAUGUUGACAACAUGUUUGAUAAUGCCACGAUGACUUCAGUUGAGAAUUCCCUUCUCAACGCCAGUCCUGAAGAUCUUGAGAAAUUGACUCGGAAUCCAUACUACACCCAUGGAGUUGCAUGGCAAAAUGAAAUGCUCGACUCUGGUAUCAAGUUGUUCACGUCUGCGGAGGAUACUCCUCCCAUGGCGCCUGGUGGCAUUCAGUCUGCAUUACAACAAGGGCAUUCGAAUGACAUUACUCCACUUGUUGAUUUUCACGCAAGCUCGGGAGCAACAUUUGAGCCUAGGCUCCCACAACAAGGCGAUCAGAGUAGCUCUAUUUUGGGUAAUGUUGGUUAUUUGGUCCCCACUCGUUCUGGUCCAGGCGAUCCAGCGCAACGGCAAUCCAUUGCAGGUUCAAGUUCACCAUGCCCGGCAACCGACACUGUCAAUGUUCUCCCUCCAGCUUUGUCCGAUACUGUUACGCCACCUAUGCCACCUCAGACGUCGAAAGUCGAUGUUCCCCCGCCAGCUUCGCUGCUAACGUUGCCCCAGCCAUCGCCAUCAAAUCCAACCGUCACAUCUGCAGCAUUGUCUCUCAUCACAUCUACUACUCCAUUGUCACCCCAUCCAGCACUAACACCGCUCCCAGAACAAGUUAAUGAUGUUAUCGAAAAACCCAUUGCUAGUGGCGAAGAGAACGAACGAGGCUCCAAGCACCCUAAUUUGCCAACACUUGAACAACUUGACCAACCUCCAGUAAAGCGACGCAAGAAGGCAGUUAACGCAGCGGUUGGUCUCUUACCAUCGGAGCUCAUAGCUGCUCGGAAGCCCAGCCGUAACAUUGUUAAACCAGCACGGUUCGGAGAACCGGAACUUGUCAGUACUGUCCAGGCUUCGGACAAUCUUGGGAAGGACAGGGGGGCAAAAAAGAAAGGUGGAGUGAUGGUAUCGUUGUCAUCAGCUGAAAAAGUGGGGGGAAAGAAGACGGUAGUCAAGGAAACAGAGAAUGGGAAGUCAAAGGGCAAAGGGACUAGGGGUGGAAAGGGUGAUAGGGCCAAGAAAACGAAGUAG